AUGGCCAAGGGCGGCGAAAACAGCAGGAAGGCAGCGGGCAACGCGAAAAAGGCCGAGGUGGCUGCACAAAAGCAAGCAGUUGAGAAUGCGAAGAAAUCCAAGGCAGAGGCAGAAGAAUGGUCAAAGGGUAGCAAGGACAGCAGUAAAGCUGAAGCAGCCGCUGCCAAACAAGCCGAGGCCGCACGAAAGAAGGCCGAGAAGGAGGCGUUGUUAAAGGAAGAAGAGGCAUCAUUGWCGAGCAAACCUUCGGGCAAUAAGAAGGUCGCUGUGAAGAAGGCCCGGGGUCUCGAUCUGUCAAGUCUGGACGAUGAGCCCUCGAACUCGAAGAAGGGUACAACACUCAACGCUUCUGGUAUCGAUAACGCGCUUGAUGCUUUGGACCUCACAUCGAACAACACCGACAAGAUUGACCGCCAUCCUGAGAGACGAUUCAAGGCCGCCUACAAUGCCUUUGAGGAGCGGCGAUUGGAGGAGAUGAAGGAUGAGAAGGGUCUCAGGCGGCAGCAGAAGAUUGAUCAGAUCCGCAAGGAAUUUGAGAAACAUCCAGACAACCCGUUCAACCAGGUCGCGGGUUCCUACAACAUGAGCAAGGAGGAGCUUGCCGCGCUGAAGGACGGCGAGAAGGCCAGGAAGGAGGGUCUGCUGACUGGAGAGUGA